CGCUUGGUUUCAGAAACAAGGUAUCCAUCGCGCCUGCGCAGUGGACGCCUUCGAAGACUUGGUACAAGAGUCCAAAGUUUUUUGUAGUGCUGAUGUCAGCCCUCCCGCUGCUUUGCGAGUCAGCUUCAGCGGCGGCCAAUGUCAGCUUCCGGCAUGUUGGGGGCUAAAAUGGGAAGAAACAGCCGCACUAUAUAUCAUCUGUGGAAAGGCCUAUGUUCGCCGCUGGAUAUCGGCGUCGGCUCCUUUCUCGGUCCCCGGGCCUUCCCUCAACUCUUGCGACUUCCCUCCUGUUCUGGCAGUUUCCGGGGACUGCAGCAGGGAAACUGCCCCCAUCCAGGUGCUGAUACAGUGAAGCCACUUGAUGGUGUGAGAAUUCUUGAUCUAACAAGAGUACUUGCAGGACCUUUUGCCACUAUGAACCUCGGGGAUCUUGGAGCUGAAGUAAUCAAAGUGGAAAAACCAGGAUCGGGGGAUGAUACUCGAUCCUGGGGGCCACCAUUUGUUGGAACUGAAAGUGUCUAUUUUCUCAGUGUAAAUAGAAAUAAAAAGAGUAUAGCUGUUAAUAUGAAGAAGGCCAAGGGAGCAAAGAUAAUUAAAGAGCUAGCAGCUGUCUGUGAUGUUCUUGUGGAAAACUAUAUCCCUGGAAAACUGGCUGGAAUGGGUCUGGGUUAUGAUGAGAUCAACAAAGUUGCUCCUCAUAUUAUUUACUGCUCAAUAACAGGCUAUGGUCAGACUGGUCCAAAAUUUCAACAAGCAGGUUAUGACUCAGUUGCAGCUGCUGUUUCCGGACUCUUGCAUAUCACAGGGCCUGAGGGUGGUGAGCCAGUUAGGCCAGGAGUAGCUAUGACUGACCUUGCUACAGGAUUGUAUGCAUAUGGAGCAAUUAUGGCUGCACUUCUUCAACGACAUAAAACAGGGAAAGGAAUGCACUUGGAUUGCAAUCUGCUUUCAUCUCAGGUUGCCUGCCUUACUUAUAUAGCAAGCAAUUUUCUAAACUGCAAAACAGAAGCCAUACGAUGGGGUACUGCACAUGCAAGUAUUGUACCCUAUCAGGCCUUCAGAACAAAAGAUGGAUAUAUUGUAGUAGGAGCAGGAAAUAAUCAACAAUUUGCUACUGUUUGCAAGCUUCUCAGUUUGCCUGAAAUCAUUCAUGACCUCAAGUACAAAAAUAACCAGCAGCGAGUGGUAAAUAGGAAAGAACUUAUUGGAAAAUUGUCAGCCAGGUUCUUGGAAGAAGAAACCUCCAAAUGGCUAGACCAUUUUGAGGGCAGUGGAGUUCCAUACGGUCCAAUCAACAGCAUGAAGCAGGUGUUCUCAGAUCCUCAGGUUCUGCACAAUAAACUUAUGAUGGAGAUGGAGCAUCCAACAGCAGGGAAGAUUACUGUUCCAGAUAGCAUUGGAUGAAACAGAUUAUCUGGACCCUUUUCAGUCCGGCUUCAGACCUGGCUACAGCACGGAAACUGCCUUGGUCACGCUGAUGGAUGAUUUCUGGUGAGCCUGAAUCAUUCCUCUAUCUUGGUGCUACUUGACCUCUCAAGUAGGCUUUUGAUACCAUUGACCAUGGUAUCCUUCUGGGGUGACUAAGAGAGCUGGGAGUGGGAGGCACCGUGUUGCAGUGGUUCACCUCCUAUCUCUCUGGUCGAUCACAGUCGGUGCUGGUAGGAGGACAGAGGUCGUCCCCUAGGGCCCUCAUCUGCAGAGUGCCUCAGGGCUCGGUCCUCUCUCCCCUCCUAUUUAACAUCUACAUGAAACCACUGGGUGAAAUCAUCCGACGACACGGGGUGAGAUAUCAGCAAUAUGCUGAUGAUACCCAGCUGUAUAUCUCCACCCCUUGUCAGUUCAGUGAGGUGGUAGAUGUGAUGUGCCGGUGCCUGGAGGUUGUGAGGAUCUGGAUGGGGGUCAACAGGCUCAGACUUAACCCAGACAAGACCGAAUGGCUCUGGGUAUUGCCCCCUAAAGACUAUAUCAAUUGUCCAUCCUUGGUUCUGGGGGGAGAAAAAGUGUCCCCCUCAGAACGGGUCGCAAUUUGGGUGUCCUUCCAGACUCACGGCUGAGAUUGGAACAACUUCUGACAGCUGUAGCUAGCGGGACCUUUGCACAGGUUUGUCUGGUGCACCAAUUGCGACCCUACUUGGAUCAGGAAGCUCUCCUCACAGUCACUCAUGCCCUUGUCACCUCACGGUUGGACUAUUGCAACACGCUCUACAUGGGGUUACCCUUGAAAAGUGUUCAGAGACUACAGUUGGUCCAGAAUGCAGCCACGCGAGUUAUACUGGGUGCACCUAGAUACACCCACAUUACACCAAUUCUCCGUGAGCUGCACUGGCUCCCUAUCGGACUCCGGGCACAGUUCAAGGUUGGUUAUUACCUUUAAAGCCCUACAUGGCUCAGGACAAGGCUAUCUUCGAGACUGCCUUCUACCACAUAGCUCCCAGCAACCAGUAAGAUUCCACAGAGUCGAUCUCCUCCAGGUCCUGUCAGUUAAACAAUGUCGGCUGGCGGGGCCACAAGGGAGGGCCUUCUCUGUGGCUGCCCUGGCUCUCUGGAACCAAUUACCUCCUGAAGUCCGGACUGCCCCCACCCUAUUGGCCUUCUGGAAAGUGGUGAAGACCUGGCUCUUCUGGCAGGCCUGGAGCCGUUGAUCUCGUUAUAGUGAUCUUUCGAGACCCGGCCACAAAUUGGAGUGUAUGUGUUUUAACGUUUUAACGUUUUAAUGUCUUCUUUUAACUUUUGUAUGGGAUAUUGUUGUAUUGUUUUAUUCUCUGUUGUAAGCUGCCCAGAGUCCCUCGGGAGUUGGGCGGCAUAGAAAUGCGACAAAAUAAAUAAAUAAAAUAAAAUAAAUAGGAGAACGACUCCAGUGACCAGUUUAUAUUUUUAAAAAGAGAAACUUACCAGAGUAACAAGGUAUGUUUGGAAUCAAGCCAAACUAAAGUGCCAAAUUCCUGUGUUUUCAAUAAGCCUCAUUUGCUCACAUUUUCUGCCUAACAAUCCUUUUGAAAUAUCGAUUGGUGUUCAGAGCUAUAACAAGGUGAAGCAUGGCUACAAUAGAAAUGUUGCCUAUUGCAAUUUGUUUUAUAGGAAGGAUCCCUGAAGAAAAAAGCAAGAAAAUAGACAACAAUAACCUCAGAUGUUGUUUUCUUCGACUCAUUUUUGCUAUCAUGGAUUAUUACCAACAUGUAGGAGGAACUCUAGAAGUUUAUUGAUAUAUAUUUAAUGAACUGUUUUUUAUAUUUUUUUUAUUCAAUACAAUACAAUACAAAGACAAACAAAAAAACCACCACCUACAAACCCACCUAACAUUUUACAUUUACGCUUUUGUCAUCAACAGAAUAUAUGUUAUUGAGCUUAUAUAGUUUAAUAAAGAGUAGUUAUUAAAUGUCUAAUUCCAAUGUUAUAACUUUUCACUACAAAUUUACAUUUCUUAUGGGUUCAUCUCCUUGUGAAAGUCUUUACGCUAAUUUCUGUCCUCUACAUUUUUGCUGAUUUUCCUUUCCAGCCAUUGAUACCAUUGGUGCCAUACAAGAUAGUAUUCGCUUUCUUCCUUUUCCUGGAGUUCCAGCGUCAAUCUGUCCAUUUCAGCACACUCUGUUAUCUUUGCAAUGAUUUUGUCUUUGGAUGGGAGUUGGUCUGAUUUCCAGUUUUGGGCGAACAGUAGUCUUGCUGCUGUCAAGAUAUGUGUGAUGAGAUACUUCGUUUCCUUAAGAUGUUCUGCCGUUAUCAUGCCAAAUAGGAAAAAUUCUGGACUGUUUUCUAUUUGAAUGUUCGUUAUUUCUUCAAUAAUAUUUUUUAUAUCUUGCCAAUAGUGUUGGGCUUUCCUACAUUUCCACCAAGUGUGAUAAUAUGUUCCCUUUUUUAAUUUACAUUUCCAACACAACGCCGAAGUGUUUGGGUAUAUUUUGGCAAGUCGGGCUGGUGGUAAGUGCCAUCUAUAAAACAUUUUAAUGAGGUUCUCCUUGUAAGAUGUGGCUCUUGUCAUUUUAAUGUUCUGCUUCCAUAAUUUCUCCCAGUCAGCCAAUUGAAUAUUAUGUCCUAUGUCCCUGGCCCACAUUGUCAUAUUAUGUUUAACUGUUUCUUCUAUUAAUUUGUCUCUCAAAAGGUAGUUAUAUGUUUUAGUAAUCAUUUUCUGGUCUGCUCCUAAUAAAAUUCUGUCCAGUCCGUUCAGAUCUUUUGCAAUUCCAUAUUUGAUUUUAUCCGCCUUGUAUCUUGAGUAUAUUUGAGUAUAGUGCCACCAAUCAAUAUUUAUAUCGCCAUUUUGGAGUUGAUGUCUUGGAGUAAGUUCUCCUUCAUGAUUCAGUAAAUCUUGGUAUCUCAUAAUCUUUCCGAUUUCAAGGGUAUUUGGAAAUAUCAAUGCCUCCAUCGGGGACCACCAUUUUGGUAUUUUAGUAUAAUAGGUUUUCUUAAUUCCCUGCCAAAUCUUGAAGAGUGAGGCCCGAAUUAUGUGUCUUUGGAAGUACAUGUGUUGUUUGUCCGGUCCAUCCCAUAGGAACACGUGCCAUCCUCGAAUGAGAUCAAAGCCUUCUAGAUAUAACAUUCUUUUGUCAUCUAAUCUCAUCCAUUCUUUGAUCCAGGUCAAUCCGGCUACUUUAUAAUAUAGCUCCCAGUCUGGUACUGCGAGGCCUCCUCUGUCUCGUGUGUCUUGUAGCGCUUUAAUCUUAAUUCUAGCCUUCUUUCCCUGCCAUAUGUAGAUCAUUGUAAUUUUGUUGAGAUUUUUGAAGAAGUCCCUUCCUGGAUGUAAUGGUACUACCUGGUAUAGAUAUAGUACCCUCGGUAAUAUAUUCAUUUUAAUUGAACUGAUUCUGCCCAUCAAUGACAAUUGUAGCCUAUUCCAGAUUUCCAGGUCUUUUUUAAUUUCUUUUAGUAAUUUCGUGUAAUUGUCUUCUUUGAUCGUGGUUGCUUUCGCCGUCAGCCAAAUACCUAAAUAUUUUAUCUUCUUUACUAAUUGGAUUCCUAAUUCUUCUUCUAAUUCCAAUCUCUGAGUCUGGGUCAUAUUUUUUGUCAUUAUUUUUGUUUUUUGUUUGUUUAU